AGAGGCCGCUGCAGCCCCCGCCCCGCCCUCGCCUCGGCCGGAGCAGCGCGACCCGCCGUUGCCGGUGAGUUGUGCGUCCCCUCCCCAGGUCCCUGCCUGCAGCGUGGGGGGCGCACACAGAGACGGAGCAGGACCCAGAACUGAGCUUAAACGGGCCUUGAUAAAGCAUAAAGAUGUUUUCUCUCGUACAGCGAUGCUGCUUCAACACACCUUUCAAACUCCAGAAGUUCACCGGUACCAGACUACUACUGCAUGGAAAGAGUAAGACAACUUACCCUUCUCCCAGCCUCUGGCUCCAGAGAUAUGUGUCUCUUCUCUCAAGACCUCCAAGCCUCAACCCGGCGUCAGUAUAUGCAGCCAAGCUCCAGGCUUUUCACACCUCUCUCCCCUUCUUCAAGAAGAAAAUCCCAGAGAUCAGAAAACCAGGUGUAUUGGAACGAAGCAUGGAAUCGCUAAAGAAUGCUCCAAAGCCAGCCCUUUACUUAAGCCUCGCAGGGCUAAUACCGUUUGUUUCUGUGCCACUGGCAAUGGCCAUCCAAGGGACAUACUAUCCAGAGCUGGCGUUUGGUCAGGUCACCUAUGGUGCUGUAACAGUCUCUUUCCUAGGAGGAAUGAGGUGGGGGUUUGCUCUCCCGGAAAACAGCCCGGCCAAGCCAGACUGGCUGAACCUGGCUAACAGUACAGUUCCUCCUAUAUUUGCCUGGCAAGCUUUACUUUUUAAAGAUAUCACUUCUGGUGCAGUAAUGCUGGUAAUGGCUUUAGGGAUAGCACUACAUUAUGACAUUUCCCUUCUUCCUGAUUAUCCUAGGUGGUUUAAAGUACUCAGGGUAGUGGGAACAGUGGUGAUGGUGUUAUCACUAUUAGCUACUCUAGCGCUGAAGGCUGUUUCAGAGUUGCAGCUGAAUGACAGCAGAAAUAAAUGGCAGAACUCAAAAUAAUAAAUGGAGGGGAAAAGGUGUUUAUCUGCCAAUAAGGUAUUUGUAUUGAAUUCCAGGGAAAUAAAGACAUGCUCGUGCUUAGAAGUCAUAAGAUGGCAGUGGUCAAGAUGGUUGUUCUCAGAGUAAACAACUUAGCAAGUUUAAUAGGGAAGGAUUGUAAAUAGUGAUUACUUCCAAAGCAGGCAUGAGUCUGUCCUCAUCCAUAAAAGAAAGCGUCGCUCAUGAAUGAGAUGUUACUGUUAUAGGAGUUUAAAGUGGAGAUUCAAAUGGCAUGGGUAUGAAUUGCUCUGUGCUGAAUUAUUAAAGAAUCUGAUUUAAAUAUAACGCGUAGUAAUGUUCUGUGGUGAGGAGAUGAACAGUAACAACGGGAGAGCAGUUCUCCUAGAUUAGUGUUUAAAGAAGCAGCAGAGAAUUAUGUAAAAGUACAUACACGUCCAAUUCUUAUGUUGUGGAAAUGUAUAAAAAGAUAAAACGUCUUAUUUCAAUGGAGCAGAUGCUGAGAAUGCUGUGUGACAAAUGCUAGUUGGGUAAGAAUUGGCCAGAUUUGAUAGCAGCGACAAAUCAAGGUCAGCACUCCCCUAAAAUACAUCAUCCAGCUGCUGUGAUGGAGUGGGGAAAGAUAGAAGGGGAAGCUUUGUCUCCUUGACAAGGCACCACAAGAGACGGAAGGUUAGCCGCCUACUCAGGCUUACUUAAAUAAAAAAAAGAUACCUGGGCCAUCUGUUCCCAGGUUUUGUUUGGACUGAGUGCUGCUGAGCCAAGGAAGCAGCACGCAACAGCCAUAAAGAUGUGUCAUACUCCUGAAUAAAAGUACUAUUGAAUGAUGAUGUGACAUACGGACACGUGUAUGAUAGGACACAAAGACUAGAUCGCUGGCAUGAGAAGGUCAGAUAAUGGGAUUGAAAGUAGUUUGUCUCUCCUCCCUUCUCAAAACUCCUUUUAUUUGAGCACUCAGGGUAGGUACAAAUGGACUUGUAGUCUGCACACCCUCAGGGCCAGUUACUGAAAACACGGCAGGAGCAGAUGCUCUUUGUACUUAAGUCCUCACAACACAUCAUUUAGGGAAAGAAGAUACACCAUAAGUCACACAGCAUUUCUUUCAAGCCUCAGCUACUUGUAUGUAGGCAUAUUUAGACUUUUUAUCUCAAGUGUUUAAGUAAAAUAAAAGAUGCAAGAAGAAAGCUGAGGAGUGAACACAUCCACACACAUUCAUAGGACCAAUUUAGAUAAUCCUCAUAGUUCUCUUAAAGCGCUGUUCUUCAUUGUUGUUCUAUACAGAAUAAAGCAUGCACUGUUACUUAAAAUUCGUUAUUGUCUCAUUCUGCAAAGAAGAGACGUUUAAGAAACCUGCCUGUCUGGGACAGAGCUGUGUUCUUAGCUGAUACUGCUGAAACAGCAACCAUGUACAUUAACCUCGAACUUCUGUAACUUGUUAACCUUUACACCUUAACAGCAAAACAGCUCUGAAACAGCACUGCAUUUUAGUGCUCCUUGAAUAGAAAAGAAUUAAAACAAGAGUUUAUGAAUGAAACAGUUCUCUUA